AUGGCAUCAAAACCUUUCUCCGAAGAGGAUUUAUCUUGUCCUGUGUGCUGUGACAUCUUCAAGGACCCUGUCGUCCUCUCAUGCAGUCACAGCUUCUGUAAAGUCUGUCUGCAGCAGUACUGGGGAACCAAAGGAUCCAGAGAAUGUCCAGUCUGCAGAAGGAGAUCAUCAAAGGAACAUCCUUGCCUUAACCUCCACUUAAGGAACCUGUGUGAGACCUUCUUACAGGAGAGAAGUCAGAGGGCUUCAGCAGGGUCUGAGGUGCUCUGCAGUCUGCACAGUGAGAAACUUAAGCUCUUCUGUCUGGACGAUAAGCAGCCUGUGUGUCUGGUGUGUCGGGACUCAAAAACACACAAAACCCACAACUUCAGUCCCAUUGAUGAGGCUGCACUAGAUAUUAAGGAGGAACUCAAGAUCAAACUGGAGCCCCUAAGAAAUACAUUCAAGACCUUUAAAAAAGUUAAACUCAUCUGUGACCAAACAUCAGCGCACAUUAAGACUCAGACCCAGCACACAGAGAAACAGAUCAAGGAGGAGUUUGAGAAGCUGCACCAGUUUCUACAAGAUGAAGAGGCAGCCAGGAUAGCUGCACUGAGGGAGGAAGAGGAGCAGAAGAGUCAGAUGAUGAAGGAGAAGAUUGAGAAGAUGAGCAGAGAGAUAUCAUCUCUUUCAGACACAAUCAGAGUCAUAGAAAAGGAGAUGGGAGCUGAUGACAUCACAUUCCUGCAGUGCACACUGCAGGAUCCAGAGAGGGUUUCAGGAGCUCUGAUCAAUGUGGCAAAACACCUGGGCAACCUGAAGUUCAGAGUCUGGGAGAAGAUGCAAGAGAUUGUCCAAUACACUCCUGUGACUCUGGAUCCCAACACUGCACACCCAGGUCUCAUCCUGUCUGAGGAUCUGACCAGUGUGAGAGACAGUGAUGAGAGACAGCAGCUUCCUGAUAACCCAGAGAGAUUUGAUUUGAGUGCCGACAUCCUGGGCUCUGAGGGCUUUAACUCAGGGACUCACUGCUGGGAUGUGGAGGUUGGAGAGAACACAAGGUGGAAUGUUGGUGUGAUGACAGAGUCUCUCCAGAGGAAGGGAGACUUUUACUCCAUGAGUGGACUGUGGUUUGUGUAUUAUAAAGAUGGUGAAUAUAGAGCAGGUUCUCCACCGCAGCCCUCCACUCUCCUCACAGUGAAGCAGAAACUCCAGAGGAUCAGAGUGCAGCUGGACUGGGACAGAGGAGAGCUGUCAUUCACUGACCCUGAUAAUAACACACACUUACACACUCUCACACACACUUUCACUGAGAGAGUGUUUCCAUACCUUUCUAUGGGCUGUAAUCUCUCUCCUCUGAGGAUGUUACCAGUGAGAGCUUCAGUGAAAGUAGAGCUGCACAGCAAGAGAUGAUGUCACUUCCUUUUUCCAGGUUAUUAAUGACUUGUUCAUGGUGUUAAAAUGUCCUCAUGCAUUAUGAUUUCUGAAUGACCUGUUCUGUGGCUACUGCCUUAAGAUUACCCAUAGGUAGAUAAAGAAUAACAUGAUCUGAAGUUUGUGCAAAUAAAAAAAAUCCCGGACAGAAAUAUGGUGUUUCCGAUUAGAAAUGGAACGGAGAAUCUGUACCCCAUUUAGGUGCAUGGGUUGUGUUGAGUGUACAGUUUAAUACAUCACGAUUUUCUAAAGAGAAUAAUCUUUAACUUUUUAUUCCAAACAGUAACUGAAGUUGGUGAAUUUAGCCAUAGUUUACCAACAACCUUUUGAAUAACAGGCCCUGAAACAGUGGAGCAGCUCAGCUUCAGCUUCAUUAGUCUGAUCAGACUCUGAGGCCCUGAAACAGUGGAGCAGCUCAGCUUCAGCUUCAUUAGUCUGAUCAGACUCUGAGGUCUGUAGAGAACACAAACAAUUAUGAGGAAUAACAAAUAAAAGCUGUUUGAAUGGGCUUGUCAUUUAUAUGAUUCUUUUCUUUUUUCUUGAAUAAUGCACCUUGAGACAAUUUUAUUG